AAACAGUUCUUCGUGCUGCAGGUGUGUGCGUGUUUAUCUGCGUGUUUGAACUAAGAAAGCUGGAAGUGACAGUAGUCCCGUUACAUCUAAAACCCAGGGACAGUACCCCCACCCCACACACAAACACACACACACACACACCCCACAGACAUGGCCGAAGGGAAUGAAGACUACCCUCAAGGGUCCAGCAGGGAGGGUGACGAACCUUACAGAGCUGACAAAUGCUUAGUCAGCUCAAGUCAGGCCAUCUCCUCCUCCUCCUGCACUGGGGAUGGAAGAAGUACACCAGGAGGUGAAGGAGAGCAGAGGGAGCAGGACACUGCAUCCUGUUCCCUGCUGGGCAACCUAAAGCAGUGCCACAAGAAGCUGGGUCAACUGACCUUCAGCAGGACGCACACCGUCCUCAUCAAUGUGCCCAUCUUUAAUGCUUCAAAACAACUUCUGCCCGAGGAAGGGAGAAACAUGUGGCACAGUAACUUUGUGAAGAUGCCGUUUUCGCCAGCGAGUGUCGUAACCAUCAAGACCGGCUUGAAGAAGCAGCCCACCCAGGUGUGUAGGUGGGAAAUUAUCAUCAAGAAUCUGGACAGUCUGGCCAGUAAAAAAGAAAUAGGAGUUGAAGAUGUUGAGAAAGUUAUCAUCAAGUGUAACCCGCAAUAUAAAGAUGAGUGGAUGUUUGAUGCCCUCUACUCCUUCGUCAAGUGUAUCCCGAAAGAAGAAAACUACUUCCACACGCUGUUUCCAAAGAUGGCAGCAUUGGCUCUGAGCCUCCCCCUGCAUGUGAAGAAGGCCAUCCCGCUGCUUCAGACGGGGCACAGCGCGGCCAUCACUCUGUCGCAGGUCCAGAUAUCCUGCCUGCUGGCUAACGCGUUUUUCUGCACCUUCCCACAUCGCAACACAUCCAGACCCAACGCAGAGUACCACAACUACCCCACCAUUAACUUCAACAGGCUUUUCGGAAACUGGUCAGAACGAAAGAAAGAAAAGCUGAGGGCCAUCAUGCAUUAUUUCAAUGUGGUUACGGAUGAAAACACUAAACCACAAGGACUGGUGACGUUUGAGAGGCGUUGCUUGAGAGAGUCAGAGUUGCCGAGCUGGAGAAGCUGCGAGGAGACGCUGUCCAGGCUGCAUGUGACAUCAAAAGGCAGUAUCGAGGCCAACAGUGCAGGGCUGUUACAGGUGGAUUUUGCUUCCUGUUUGAUUGGCGGAGGUGUGCUGGGCUCUGGACUGGUGCAGGAGGAGAUCUUGUUCCUUAUGAAUCCAGAGCUGAUUGUUUCCCGCCUCUUCACUGAGCGACUGGCGGACAACGAGUGUCUGAUUGUUACAGGCUCUCAGCAGUUCAGCCAAUACACUGGUUUCGGAGGCAGCUUCGAGUGGAUGGGGCCUCAUGAAGACAUCCUGGAGCGAGAUGAAUGGGGGCGGCUGCAGAGGCACAUCUUAGCCAUUGACGCUCUGCACUUCAAACACACAAAGGAGCAGUACAGUAUGCUCAAGGUCACACGAGAACUGAACAAGGCAUUCUGUGGAUUUAAAGGAUAUGGGGACGAUGAGCCUGACAUCGCCACGGGCAAGUGGGGCUGUGGAGUCUACAACGGAGACCCUCAACUCAAAGCUGUGAUCCAGCUGAUGGCGGCAGCAAAGGCCAGGAGAGGACUGGCCUUCUUCACCUUCGAUGAUGAAGAACUGGCAAACGGCCUGCAGCAGAUCUAUCACCUGCUGGUCAAAGAAGGGAUUACAGUUGGGAAACUGUACGGACUUCUGGAGGACUACUGUGCCGUUCAGCAGGCCCUCGGCGUCUCGCAUGAGAAUGUGUUUGAUUUCAUCAGAGACAACAUCAGGUGUUCCAGAAGUCAGCUGUGAAGUCAGAUUCAUAUUCAUGUCUGCAUGUGGUUUGCAAACUUCUUCAUUAUUAUUAAUGUUUAAACAUAUUCAAAAUUACAUCUAGGUUCACUGACAGAGGCCAAGAGCCGUAGUCACUUAACAUGUUAAAGUGGUAGUUCACCGAAAAUUAAAAAUUCACUCAUCAUCUACUCACCACCAUGCCGAUGGAGGGGUGGGUGAAGUAUUUGAGUCCACAAAACACUUUUGGAGUUUCAGGGGUAAAUCCAGCUUAGUGGUGAGUAGGUAUUGACUAAAGUUUCACUUUUUGGUGAACUAUCCCUUUAAAGGUACAGUGUGUAGAAUUGUGUGAUAUCUAGUGUUGAAAUUACAUGUUG